GCCGCCCCGUUCCAGAAGCAGCCCGCGACAUCGCAGUCUGCAAGACAACGACCCAAUUAAUGGCAGAGGUCCCCACGCUCCAUCUUCAUCUCUCGUCGCCUUCGCCGAAUUUCUUCGACAACUAACCACCUCCCAUCCGGUCCGUCGCAGCUGGCUUGACCAUCCAUUCGUUUUAACCUUCCUGUCCCACGUCACCGCCUGCGUGCGCCUCCAACACUCCUCGCCGUGCUUGUCGUCUUUCCGAGACCUACUUCGUGCGCCUUACCAUUCGACAUCGCUGCCGGCUUCAGCAACUGUAAUUGAACUCAUUAUACGGACGAGCACCCGCAACGUCGCAGCCCCCGGAUCUCAAAAUGGGAGUCGAAGAUAAGACACGCGCUUCGGGCGACCAGCCCCGGGAGCAGAGCGACGCCGUUCUCCCCACCGUCAACCCCGAGGUCGAGAAGUCGCAGCCUCCCAAGGCAUCGCUCCAUCCCGCAUUAUACGUGACUGUCUGGAUCUCCCUCAGUUCAUCCGUCAUCCUCUUCAACAAAUGGAUUCUCUCAACGCUUGGCUUUGCCUACCCGGUCCUCCUGACCACGUUCCAUCUUGCGUUUGCGACCAUCAUGACACAACUUCUCGCGCGGUACACGACGCUGCUCGACGGCCGGAAGACGGUCAAGAUGACGGGCCGCGUCUACCUCCGCGCCAUCGUCCCGAUCGGUUUCUUCUUCAGCUUGAGCUUGAUCUGCGGCAACCUCACCUAUCUCUACCUCAGCGUCGCCUUCAUCCAGAUGCUCAAGGCUACCACCCCCGUUGCUGUGCUCCUGUCUAGCUGGGCGCUCGGCGUCUCGCAGCCGAACCUCAAGGUCUUCCUGAAUGUCUCUAUCAUCGUCGUUGGUGUCGUCAUCGCCUCGAUCGGAGAGAUCAAGUUUGUUUGGAUCGGCUUCAUCUACCAGAUUGCCGGCAUCAUCUUUGAGGCGCUCCGUCUCACCAUGGUCCAGCGGCUCCUCAGCUCCGCUGAGUUCAAGAUGGAUCCCCUGGUCUCGCUGUACUACUUCGCCCCGGUGUGCGCUGCCAUGAACUUCGUGGUUGCCCUCUUCUGGGAAGUGCCGAAGGUCAGCAUGGCCGAGGUCUACGACGUCGGCCUCUUCACCUUCUUCCUGAACGGCAUGUGCGCCUUCCUGCUGAACGUCUCGGUCGUGUUCCUGAUCGGCAAGACCUCGUCCCUCGUCCUCACCCUCUGCGGUGUGCUCAAGGACGUCCUCCUUGUCCUCGCCUCCAUGAUGAUCUGGGGCACCCAGGUCACCGGGCUCCAGUUCUUCGGCUACAGCAUCGCGCUCGGCGGCAUGGUCUACUACAAGCUUGGUUACGAGGCGAUCAAGGGCUAUGCGGGCGAGGCCGGCCGGCAGUGGGCCGAGUUCGGCAACAGCCGCCCCGUGCUCCGCCGCAUCGCCAUCAUCGCCCUUGUUCUCAUGACUGUCUUUGUCGUCCUCGGCGGGCUUGCCCCGUCGUACGAUGCCACCGUCUACCUGGAUGAGGCCAAGAACAAGAUGGGUCUGUCCAAGUUUUAAGCUGUGUGCGGAGAAGUAAGAGACAAAAGGCAGAAGGGAGA